AUGCCUCGUUGCGACCGCGAGAAGAAGAACAACGACCGCGCUGGUCCAUACCAGCUACCCAGCGACAAUGCCCGUGACGCUACGGGAAACGACAACAGAGCCUCGCGCCCAGGCAACGACAGCAACUGUGGAAGCUCGGGCUCCGGCGGCCAGAUGACUUUCCUGUCGACUGCAGAUCGGGUUGUCGUGGAAAACUCCCAGGGCACAUUCUUUGGUCAUACCCUGAUCCAUACGAAAAAAAUGGAAGACCUGGCCGAUGCCGGCGAGUUCGUCCGCAGGGCUGCCGGCGUGAGAAGCGUUGUUGCGGAGAUCUACACACCGAUCACUGGAAUACGAGUCAACCAUGCGCGGGGGAACCUCCAGACGCGGCGUCUGUCGAGUGCACCAUGCAUACCACUUGCGGAGCGCCUUGCCGAACCAGUAGUUCCGAAGUGCGCUCACUGUUCUGGUCUUGGCCACAUUGUGGCCGACUGUCCCCGGGCUCCUGAGGGCACCAUCAAGGCGUGUCCCAUGUGCCCCAACAACAAGAGCCAUGUCGCCGACAAGUACGCCACUUUCUUCCAGGCCUCCAUUGAGGAAAAGGUCCGAGUGCUCGUCUUUGAGCGUGGCAGCAUGCCCGCGUAUGAGACUCAGAAGUCAUGGUAUUCCUACCUUCUGGAGUACAUGGAGCUUUCGGACUCCCAGCCGAUCCCCGAGAGGUUUCCCUGGACGCGGGCAUUCGCCAAAGUCCGCUCGAGAACCAUCGUCCCGUUGCAAAGGGCGUUCAACAGGAACCGCGAUCGGUCCCAGUUGCCCUCGGACGAUGCCACUCGGGAUUGGGCUGCAGUGGUCGCCCUCCAUGCUUGGGCAGGUACGCACAUCCACCGCGAUGAUCCGACCACCCUGCGCCGCGGCAGGGCCGAGAAGUCGGAAGAAGCCAAUGCCACAAGCGAAACUUUGGCAAUAGAGAGCCCAGAGGAUACGAAGGAGGAAGUUCGGCGUCUCCGCCAACGGCUCAGUGUAGUGGAGGAUCAGCUCGCUGCGCUGCAGACCCAAGUCCGGGACCUCCAGGGGCCGGAGCCGUCGCAGGCUCCCGGGUUGUGGCAGAAUCCACGAAAGCGAUUCGCAAAGGGUCCCACAUUGUGGGAGAAACCUGAGAAGCAGGCCCGUCGUGAAUGAGCUUGUGAAGUUGGGGGGCCGUAUGUGGCAACGAGAUUAGGUGCGGUGGAUAAUAGUGG